AUGAAUAGGACAUUAGAAACUCUAGAUCCGUUUCAUGAAAAAGCUGCAUAUCAUAUCAGAACCUUUGCCACUGAAAUUCAGCGUGAUCCGGAUCAAAUUGCAAAUUCGAAAGCGUUUCUGGCUCUCCUAAAACAUUUCAAUCCACUGGCAAAACUACCGCCCAAUUUACUGAAGGCACUGGGCGUAUUGAGAGCAGAAGAAGCUUCGGAUCCCUGUUCGCAUGAAUCCACUGCAGGAGAAAUCGAAAACCCACAGCCAGUUCAGAGUAAUAACGUUCAUCCAUCGACAACUUCCAACUCUGAAACUGGAAAUAUUCAGCUGAAGGCACUGCGCGUAGUAAAAACAGAAGAAUCUUCGGAUCCCAGUUUCCAUGAACCAACUUCAGGAGCAGUAGAAAAUCCACAGCUAGUUGAUCCAUCGACAAUUUCAAAUUCAGAAACUGGAAAUACUCAGCUGAACCGACGGAAUGAAGUAAAAUCAGAAAAAACUUCGGAUCCUAGUCUGCACGAAUCAACUUCUAAAGAAGUCGAAAAUCCACAACCAGUUAACAAUCAAUUUCCACCAGUUAUUAAUCAUGAACCCCCACUGUAUUAUCAAAAACAACAAUCCAAAUGUGAUAAUUCGAAUUUGCUUCACGUUCCAUACGAUCAGUGGAUUCCGAAAAACGAAUGUUUCGUCUGCGCGAAAGAGCAACUGAAGACCUAUGAAUCGACUAAAAUUGAGAAAAAUCAAAUCGUGCAUAUCCUGACAAGUUGUUUCAUGGUGCAACAAAUGACAUUUGAACGGGUUAAAUUGGUUCUUCGCUCCGUGAGUCAAAAAAUGUGUACAGCUCAUAUUGGUCAAUCGUGCAUGUACACGUAUCAUGUGCUAGGAAUGAAGAACAACAAUGUGUAUGAAGUUCAAGUCGAUAAGUUCAAAUAUUAUCACGAUGUUUUCAGAGUGAUCAGAAGAUUUCAGCGAUAUGUGCUUGAAAAUAAACCAACAGACGUUACUAUGUUUAAUACCAAGAAGAUUUUGAAUCGGUUUAUUCAAAAUAAUGAUGUCACGAAUCUGUUCGGGAAGAUGAUGCGCGAAAAAGCAUAUUUAACGUUUAAUGUACUCGAUGAAGCGAAGUUCACGGAAAUUAUUAUGGCUGAUGAAGACUUUCGCGAAUUCCUUCCACUUGAUAUGAAACUCAGAAACGCCGCAGAGACGCCGCAAAAAAGGACGCCACAAAAAAGAAAGUUCACUGGAGACAGCUUGGCUGUUGUUCCGACGACGUCUUCAAAUAUGCAGCCGAACUAUAUGACUAACAAUGGUGCAACACUUCCGACGCCACAACAUGAACCAAGCACAUCAACUUAUGAACCAUUAGAGAAAGUACCCAAAACCGAGCCAGCCUGGUGA